AUGCCGCAACCAUCACCGGUGGAGCUGUGCAGCGGGGACGUCCCCGAGGUGGAGAUCAUCAGCCUGCUGGGCGAGCAGCUGCCCCGCUACACGCUGCGGGCCGACACCGUCUUUGGCUACGACCAUGGUGACUGGCUGCGAGCCCCCCCCGGCCCCCCGCAGCCAGCGGCCCCCCUCACCCCCCAGCAGAUCGAGGAGACCCUGCAGUAUUUCCUCCUGUGUGCUGAGCGGGUGGUCAGGAUCACCAAGACCUACCACGACAUUGACGCCGUCACCAACCUGCUGGAUGAGAAGGAGCGGGACCUGGAGCUGGCGGCGCGCAUCGGGCAGUCCCUGCUGAAGCAGAACCGGAGCCUGACCGAGCGCAAUGAGCUGCUGGAGGAGCAGCUGGAGUUGGCCAAGGAGGAGAUUGCACAGCUGCGUCAUGAGGUCUCCAUGCGGGAUGACCUUCUCCACUUCUACACCACCACGACAGAGGAGAGCGAGCCCACCACCACCACCUCCACACCGCUGCGCCGGCACGAGUCCUCGCUGUCCCUGCAGCAGUACUUCCAGUACGACACCUUGCAGCAGAAGCUGAAGUGCCUGGAGGAGGAGAACCAGAAGCUCCGCAUGGAGGCCACCAGCAUCGCCACCGAGACCUGUCAGUACGAGGACCAGGAGCAGCAGCUGAUGAUCGACUGCGUGGAGCAGUUCUCCGAAGCGAGCCAGCAGGUCGUUCACCUGUCGGAGGAGCUGGCGCACCGGGCGGAGGACGCGGCGCGGCAGCAGGAGGAGAUCACCCAGCUCCUGGCGCAGGUGGCGGACCUGCAGCAGAAGUGCCGCACGUACGGCUCCGAGGUGGAGGAGCUCCAGCAGCACCUGGCCGCAGCGAAGGAGGUGCAGCAGCAGCUCCGGAUGGAGCUGCGGGACCUGCAGGAGAAGUACGCGGAGUGCGGUGGGAUGCUGCAGGAAGCGCAGGAGGAGGUGAAGAGCCUGCGGAGCCGCAGCCUGCCCAACAGCACCGUGAGCCGCUACAGCGCGGCCAGUCUGCUGCCCGUGGACUCUCUGGCGGCUGAGAUCAAGGGCAUGAUGAGGAAGAGGACUGACAGCUCCUCCUCGGACUACAAGAGUUACCUGCGCGUCUUCGAGACGGUGAAGGCGGUGAACCAGGCAGCCAAAGCCAGGUCUUGCUCGGAGUCUCCCCACCACGUGCCAGGCUCCAAGCAGUUGUCAGCCGCCCACUCUGGGGGGGCCAGCACCCCCCACAUCAGCUGCUCCGGCUCGGAGGGUGCCCGGACCGAGGGGUCUGGCGGGGCCCCCCGGGCAGCCCCGGGCCGGCAGGACCUGGAGGCAGCGGUGCAGAGGCUGUCGGCGCGGCAGCAGAGCCACUCCUCCGAGGAGCGCUCCUUCUUCGAGGCCGAGCGGGAGCGCAAGCUCUGGCGCCUGAGGGACGGGGCGAACUCCAGCGGCGGCCUCACCCCCAACGAGAGCAUCGUCUCCACGGGAACCAGCCACUCCGGGGGCUCGGAGCUCACCGCCGGCUCCACCUUUUCCCUCGGCUCCCUCACCUACCUGCCCGACAAGCUGCAGAUCGUGAAGCCACUGGAAGGUUCUGUGACGCUCCACCACUGGCAGCAGCUGGCACAGCCCAACCUGGGCGGGAUCCUGGUGCCCCGUCCUGGGGUGCUCACCAAAGACUUCAGGCAGCUGGACAUCGACCUGGAGGAGGUGUACAGCCUCAAUGACCUGGAGGAGGAUGACAUGGACGCCGGCUCCUUCCAGCUGCUCCCUACCUCAACCCCCGCCAAAGCCAAGGAGCGCCCCAGGG